UAUACGGGUCUAAAAAAAUUAGUCAGAAUGAUUUGAAUCAACUAUGAAGAGAAUUGCCGUUUUCCGCAACGGAUCAGCUUCUGAUGGAAAGCUCGUUGCUGUUACUGACAGUGCAACAUUGCAGGACAUUCUAUUUGAAGCCAACAAAAAGCUUGGAUCUGAUGCCAAAGUGCUCUACACCCCACAGGGAGCAACCUUAGAUGAUGUUCUGUUGAUAAGAGAUGAUGAUGUGUAUUAUAUAUCUGCUGGAGAACCGUUCAAGAAACCAGGUUCAGUAUCAGGAUCUGAGCCUCAUGUAGAUGUUACCAAAAAAUUUAUCAAAGGCCAUGAAAGGAAAAUGUCUGGUACAACCUCUGCCUGCCAUUCUUCAGAAUGGGUGACACUAAAUGUUGGUGGAAAAAUCUUCACCACAACUCGAAGUACUUUGACACAGCAAGACUCUGCGAGUAUGUUAGCACGCAUGUUUGGUGAUGAAAAAACUGUCACCUGGCACAGCAGUGUUGAUGAGAGUGGGGCCUACCUGAUUGACCGCAGUCCACGAUAUUUUGAACCUAUACUUAACUACCUCCGACACGGACAGCUAGUCCUUGAUAAAGACAUCAACCCACAAGGAGUUCUGGAGGAGGCACGUUUCUUUGGUUUAACAUCGCUGAUGGAUACUCUUGAAGAAAUCAUUGAGAAAAAUCAGGUGCCAGAUGACCGAACACCGAUCACACGGAGAGAGUUGGUGCUUCGUCUCCUAUCCACUCCCACCAACAAGGAACUCCGAUGUCAGGGUAUGAAUUUCACCGGUGCCAACCUCUCCAAGUUAGAUCUGCGAUACAUUAAUUUUAAAUAUGCUAUCCUAAAAGAUGCCAACCUUGCUGGUGCGAACCUAUCCUACUGUAACUUUGAGAGGGCAGACUUGAACAAGACAGUGCUGGAUUCAGCAAAUCUGUUGGGUGUGAAGAUGUUAUGUGCUAACCUGGAGGGAGCUUCUCUCAGGGGAUGUAACUUUGAAGAUCCUGCUGGUAGCCGAGCCAAUCUAGAAGGAGCAUUGAUGAAGAAUGUAAAUUUAGAAGGUAGUCAGCUGGCUGGAGUAAACUUACGAGUAGCAACUUUAAAAAAUGCUAACCUUCAGAACUGUGAUCUUCGUGGGGCUGUGCUUGCAGGAGCUGACCUUGAAAACUGUGACCUUUCCGGCUGUGACUUACAGGAAGCUAAUUUAAGGGGAGCUAACCUCAAGGGAGCUGCUUUUGAACUCAUGUUAAAUCCUCUACACAUGGCACAAGCAGUUAGAUAGGAUAUAAUGGGUGGAUUCUGUCUCAGUACAGUCGGGAGAUAUCACUGGAUUCUUACUUGGUACAGUCAGAAGAUAUCACUGGAUUCUUACUCAGUACAGUCAGAAGAUAUCACUGGAUUCUUACUCAGUACAGUUAGGAGAUAUCACUGGAUUCUUACUCAGUACAGUCAGGAGAUAUCACUUGAUUCUUACUCAGUACAGUCAGGAGAUAUCACUGGAUUCUUACUCAGUACAGUUAGGAGAUAUCACUGGAUUCUUACUCAGUACAGUUAGGAGAUAUCACUGGAUUCUUACUCAGUACAGUUAGGAGAUAUCACUGGAUUCUUACUCAGUACAGUUAGGAGAUGUCACUGGAUUCUUACUCAGUACAGUUAGGAGAUAUCACUGGAUUCUUACUCAGUACAGCCAGGAGAUAUCACUUGAUUCUUACUCAGUACAGUCAGGAGAUAUCACUGGAUUCUUACUCAGUACAGUUAGGAGAUAUCACUGGAUUCUUACUCAGUACAGUCAGGAGAUAUCACUUGAUUCUUACUCAGUACAGCCAGGAGAUAUCACUUGAUUCUUACUCAAUACAGUCAGGAGAUAUCACUGGAUUCUUACUCGAUACAGUCAGGAGAUAUCACUGGAUUCUUACUCGAUACAGUCAGGAGAUAUCACUGGAUUCUUACUCAGUACAGACAGGAGAUAUCACUGGAUUCUUAAUCGGUACAGUCAGGAGAUAUCACUGGAUUCUUACUCAGUACAGUUAGGAGAUAUCACUUGAUUCUUACUC